CAAGAUCUACAGCGAGGACCAGCAUAGGGCGCUGGAGACGCAUUUCAGAAUGGACAGGUACCCCUCUCCAGAGGCCCAGAAGGCCCUGGCCGCCAGGCUCAACCUGAAGCGUUCCCAGGUGGAGAUGUGGUUCCACAGACGCCGGGCCACCUCAAAGCAGCCUAAGCCUGUGCCACAGGUGCAGCGUCUACAAGGUCUACGCCCGCUGCCGCCCCCCACAGAGAGCACCCACUUCCUCCUCAGCUGCGGGCCCCCCGCCUGCCCAGCUCCUGACCUACACAAGGAGUCUGAGCCUGAGCUCGAGGCCCAGAGGAGCCCUGGGGCCACACCCAACCUGGAUGCCCCAGAGGCCGGGGGCACCUCCAAGACGCUGCCCUUCUCCACCAGGACACCCGCAGUCCAGGAGGAUGGAAGUCCCGAGGACCAGAACAAAUCAGGCCCGCCUGGGCUGGACUCUAACUCAUGAUCCUCCUGCCUCGGCCUCCCUCAGUGCUGGGUUUGCAGUCGUGUGCCACCUCACUUGGCUCUUGUCUUAGUAUAUUUUUAAUUUGGAUAUGAGGUCUUGCCAAAAUGCCUGCCCUGCUCAAAUGUACAGUCCUUCUGGCUGGCUGCUCAGAGUUGCUGAGAUUGUCAGCCUAUGCCACCAUGACUGGCCCUUGUUUAUUUUUAAACUGAGCCUCAAUAAAUU